AUGCCCCCUUCGUCGUUUCGAGAUCCUCGUCGUGAGAUAAACGCUCUCGCGCGAUGGACAAGUUUCCGCAUCGUUAAGUGCGUUUCAGUUCGGCGUGAACCAACUUGCUACGUCCGUAACUAAAUACCACAGUCCGUGCUCGCACGACCAGCGUGGAUCGCAUAAAUCGAUUUGUCUUCGAUUUCGCGACCGCUAUUGUUACGUGACGCGCCAAUAUAGUUCUAAUACCACUAUAGUUCUAACAUGAUUUUUUAUGCGACAUGCAACACCGAUAGUUACAACAUCGUGAAUCAUCACAAUUAUCACUCUGUUUUAUCAUGCUGUUCAUGUAAACGUAUAUUACCGGAUAUCACCGAAUCGGUUUCAGCCGAUGUGUCGUGUAAACACAGUCGUCACUGGCGAUAUCGUCCGUGACGAUUUACCAACAGACCGAAUGUGCAAUUACGCUUCGAAAUCAGAUUUUUGCAACUCGCUAUCUCCGAUACGCGACUUUCAGAGAGCGUUCGAGUAUCCUUGAUAUCCGCGAUAUCUCGACAACUUUUCCGCGCCGACAAGGUUGUCGUUCCUAACAUCGUGUCUUGAGAGCAUCUCGACGAUGCGGAGCAUAUUUACGAUUUUCUCGCGAGGCUACACCGCGAACAAGAGGUUCUUGAUAUGCGGACACAAUCCGAGGAAGCACCGACGGCCGUUCAGCACUACUGUCGUCGAAGACGAUCGUUCGCCGUUGAGCGGGACACGAGUUCUAGAUCUGACGCGGAUCGUAGCCGGUCCCUACUGCACGAUGAUCCUGGGAGACCUCGGCGCGGAGAUCCUAAAGAUCGAGCGACCCGGCAGCGGAGACGAGGCCCGCAAGUGGGGCCCGCCGUUCUUCGAGGGGACGCGCGAGUCCACCUACUUCGCGAGUGUCAACAGGAACAAGAAGAGUGUUUGUAUUGACUUGAAGAGGGGGAGGGAUGUUGUGUGUGAAUUAGCACGGGAGUGCGACGUCCUGGUGGAGAAUUAUGUGCCGGGCAAAUUGAGCAGCAUGGGCUUAGGGUACGAUGAUAUAGCCGAGGUGGCACCGCGCCUUAUAUAUUGUUCGUUAACUGGCUACGGAUCUCAAGGGCCGUACGCAAGCAGAUCCGGUUACGAUGUGAUCGCUGCAUCUUUGGGAGGCCUCCUGCACAUCACCGGGCCAAAAGACGGGCCGCCAUGCAAGGUCGGUGUGGCGAUGACAGAUUUGGCGACAGGCUUGUAUGCUCAUGGAGCGAUCAUGGCAGCUCUACUGCAGAGAUCAAGGACCAACAAAGGCCAAUGGAUACAGUGCAAUCUUCUAUCGACCCAGAUCGCAAGCUUGAUAAAUAUCGCUUCGAAUUACUUGAAUGGUGGCAAGGAUGCGACAAGGCUGGGAUCCGAACAUGAGAGCAUAGUUCCGUACGAAGCUUUCCCAACAAGAGACGGGUAUAUGACAGUAGGAGCGGGGAGUGAUUUGCAGUUUGUGGAUUUGGUGAAGAGAUUGCAGUUGCCAGAGCUAGCCGAUGAUGAGAAAUUUCAGGAUAACACAGCUCGAGUUGAGCAUAGAACAGAACUACUUCGAAUUCUUAGAGGCACGUUCGAGAAAAAGACGAAUCAGGAGUGGUCUGCGGUACUCGAAGGUGCCACUUUUCCUUAUGGAGCGGUAAAUUCUAUAAGAGAAGUAUUUGACGAUCCUCACGUUAAAUAUACACAUUUAGUUCAAGAAGUAGACCAUCCAAUCACAGGCAAGAUGAAGCUUGUUGGACCACCUGUUACAUACAGUUACGCCACCAAUGCAGUGAGAUCACCGCCACCAGUGUUGGGACAGCAUACAGAAGAAGUUUUAAGAAAUAUAUUAAAAUAUUCCGACGAUAAAAUAGAAAAUUUAAUGGCACAGAAAAUUGUGGCAAAAUAAUCGACAAAUAUAAUGCAUUUUUAUAUAUUUUUACAAGCCAUUACAUAGGAAACAAAUAUCGAUUUUACAGUGGAAUAACAGUUCUAGAAACUUGUAAAUAUUAUUACAUUUAUCUAUGAUAAGAUUCUGAGAAAUUUCAUUAUAGAGAUUUCACAGAUUGGUUACUGAUGGUAGAUGUGAAGUACACGGCAUAUGAUUAA